AUGCUGUCACGUAACAGGCUCUUGAUCCACUGUGCCCGAGCGGACCAUGCCGAACUCCGGCUCAUCCUGGUCGGAAAGUCUGGCGGUGGGAAGAGCGCCACGGGCAACACCAUCCUUGGAUGGAAGGAGUUUAAGUCUAUCUUGUCAGCAAAAAGCACCACCCUGAGGUGCCAAAGGGGACAGGGAAGUUGGCAGGGCAAGACAAUCUCUGUGGUCGACACGCCAGGCAUGUUCAAUUCUGACGAUUACAGUGAGGGUGUGCGACGGGAGGUCAUGCCUUGCAUUGAGUUCUCCCGGCCUGGCCCCCACGCCUUGAUCUUGGUGACCCAGGUGGAACGCUUCUCUGCAGAAGACGCGGCUGCUGUGAAGUGCGUCCAGGAUAUCUUUGGGGCAGAAUCCACCAGGUGCACGAUCGUCCUCUUCACCCGCAUAGAGGAUCUGGGAGGGAUCCCCCUGAAGGAGUACGUCCGAAAAUCUGACAACAAAAAUCUACGGGAUGUGAUCCGGCAAUGCCGGAACCGCUUCUGCGGAUUCAACAACAAGGCCACGGAAGUCGAGCGGGAUAAUCAGGUCUCAGAUCUGAUGGAGACUGUGCAGAGAACCGUUUCAGAGAACGGAGGUGGGUACUACACCAACCAGCUGUAUUUGGAGCCCAUCCUGAUGGAUGGCAUUGUCAAAGCUUUCCUGGCGAAGAACAAAAAAGCCCGAAAAAUGGCAGAGAAUGCUUUGAAGUGGAAAGAAUUUUUUUUUAUUGCUGCAAUCAUCACUACCUGUUUCAUAACCAUAUAUAUUCUAAUCAAAUCAUCUUAA